AGAAUCAUAUCAUUUCCGCUUAGUGCGAAUAUGGUGCACGUGUCUAGCCGUACCAAAAAUUACAUUUGACUUACUUGUGUGGUAUUCUUGAUUAAUGGAAUAUAUUUCGUAUAAAUAGAUUGAUUGUUACUUUAUAUUUGUGAAAUAGUGUGUUGUUCACCAGCAAAUAAGGUAUCAUGGUCGGCUCACGUGUUUACGUCGGCGGUCUUCCAUUCGGCGUUAGAGAUAGAGACUUGGAGAAGUUCUUCAAAGGCUUCGGAAGAAUCAGGGACAUCCUCAUCAAAAAUGGCUACGGAUUUGUGGAAUUCGAAGAUUACAGAGAUGCAGAUGAUGCAGUUUAUGAACUGAAUGGAAAAGAAUUACUUGGAGAGAGGGUGGUGGUGGAGCCGGCCCGGGGGAUCGACCGCAGCGCCGACCGGUACCGCCGCGACCGCUACUACGAGCGCGACCGCGGCCGGUCGCGAUACGAUGACUACAGUUAUAGAUAUGGACCGCCGACGCGCACCGAGUAUCGUCUAGUCGUCGAAAAUCUGUCUAGCCGCAUUAGCUGGCAGGAUUUAAAGGAUUACAUGCGUCAAGCUGGCGAAGUUACUUACGCUGACGCUCACAAGCAGCAUAGAAAUGAAGGUGUUGUGGAAUUUGCGACUCACUCUGACAUGCGCGCGGCUAUCGAAAAGUUGGAUGGUACUGAGCUCAACGGGCGUCGCAUUCGUUUGAUCGAGGCUAGACGUGGCUCGCGCCGCCGCACUCGCUCCUCGUCGAGUCGCAGCCGAUCGCGAUCCAGAGACCGAAGACGCAGCCGCUCCAGAUCUCGCUCGCGCCGUUCCUCGCGCAGUCGCUCUCGCUCCAAGUCUCGGCCAAAGAGCAAGAGCCCAGCCCCCAAAUCCCGCUCCCGAUCACGUUCCAAGCGUUCGAUGUCGGCGUCGAUUAGGGAUCGCAGUCGUUCGAAGUCGCGGUCUCGGUCGGCGUCCCGUAGAUCUGAACGCCGCUCGGCGUCCCGUAGAUCCGAACGUCGCUCUGGCUCGCCGCGACCCUCCGCCGAACGGAACGGGGAGAAGUCUGCCUCCAGAUCUAAGUCCCGCUCACCGAAAGCAGCUUCCAAGGAAAGAUCUCGAUCCCGCAGCAAGGAGGCGUCUCCGAAGCGUGAAGAAGAGAGGCGUCCCAGCAAGUCCCGGUCCCGCUCGCGGUCGCCGCACUCGCGCUCGGGCUCGCGCUCCCGCGACCGCUCGGCGUCCCGCUCGCGCUCCGCCUCCCGCUCGCGCUCCGCCUCGCCGCGACAGAACGGCGACGCACAAGACCGCGCCAGCACAGACCGCUCGCCACGCAGCGGUGAAUAGAAUUAUUUUAAUUAUAAGCUACAUAGGUUUAUUUCUUUUUAGAUUUUACGAGUUCGUGACCUCGAUGAUUCUUUACUUUUCCUUAAUGUUCCCUUUGUCGACCCGUACGGUCAAUAUUCAUUGUCAACUAAGUAUCAACUCUGACUGUUUUCUACCUAAAAACAAAAUCCGAUUUGCGAAGGUUCUAUGUGCAAUUUUAUAGUAGAAUAGUAUACGAUUUUUUUUUGACAUUUGAUUAAUAAGUUGGCAUGUAAAAGUACAAUUU